AUGUUAGCGGCUCUCAAUACAACAAACAUCGUGGCUGCGUUGGCUGGGACAUAUGCGUUGGUCAAUACCAGCUCAACCCUCAACGGCGUUCCAGUCCCAGACCGUGCCUAUGGAGAGAAUCCGAUUGGUCUCUUGACAUACACGAGCUCUGGCUUCAUGAGCGCAACCAUCGCAGCAACCGAGGAAGAACUUCGUCCUGCAAACUUGACGUUUCCCUACAACGAGUCGGAUCCCGUUGAAGACUGGGCGCUCGUGGGAAAACAUACUCUGGCAUAUGCUGGACCGUGGAGCAUCUCGCCCGACAUUCCAGCUUCCAACACCUCAGGCCGAUUGAUUCAUGGCCCUCUGUGGGUUGCAAAUGUACCGUCUUGGGUCGACAGUCAACAACGCCGGAACUAUACCGUUUUCACAAGCACCUCCGGCGAUGGAUUCCCGGCGGGAACGAAGCUGUUGAGGAUUGAUUCCCGCAGAGACGGCGGUAACGCGGGUGUGUUGUGGUGGAGGAGCGUUGAGUAA